GAAAAAUAUACCCGCCAGUUCAGUAAAUAACAAAACAAACUGUACUAUUUUUUAAUGAAUGCAUUAAUAAAAUUAAAAAUAAAUAUAUUAUUAUUGGAAUGAUUACUACAAGAAAAUGCAUAUUAAACAAGUAAUUAUUCAAGGUUUUAAGAGUUACCGAGACCAAACUGUUGUAGAACCGUUUGAUAAACGUCAUAAUGUCGUUGUUGGACGAAAUGGUUCUGGAAAAAGUAACUUCUUCUACGCUAUACAAUUCGUGCUAAGCGAUGAAUUCUCACAUUUACGACCAGACCAACGACAGGCUUUACUUCAUGAAGGUACAGGAGCCCGCGUUGUUUCAGCUUUUGUUGAAAUUAUUUUUGAUAAUUCAGAUGCCCGUGUGCCUAUCGAGAAAGAUGAAGUAUAUUUACGACGUGUAAUCGGUGCCAAAAAAGAUCAAUACUUUUUAAAUCGUAAGAUUGUACCACGCUCUGAAGUGAUGAAUUUACUUGAAUCAGCUGGUUUUUCAAAUUCCAAUCCAUACUACAUCGUAAAACAGGGUAAAAUCAAUCAAAUGGCUACCGCACCGGAUUCGCAACGUUUAAAAUUGUUACGUGAAGUAGCUGGUACACGCGUUUACGAUGAACGGCGUGAGGAGUCUAUGACAAUUUUAAAGGAUGCUGAGGGUAAAGUUAGUAAAAUUGUGGAUUUUUUACAAACCAUUGAGGAUAAGCUAAGUACAUUAGAGGAAGAGAAAGAAGAAUUAAAAGAAUAUCAAAAGUGGGAUAAAAUUCGUCGGAUGUUGGAAUAUGUUAUUCAUGAAAAAGAAUUGAGUGACAAUAAAAAGAAAUUAGAUGAGUUGGAAAAUUCAAGAAAAUCAUCUGGUGAAGAACAACAUAGAUACACGGAAGAAUUAAAAAAAGCUAUUGAAAAUAUUCGAUUAUAUACGCGAAAAGUUAAAGAUUCCAAAAAAGAAUUAACACAAAUAAAAGAUGAACGUGACACUUUGACUGCUAAACACCAACAACUAAUCAAAGAUAAAACUAAAUUAGAUUUAACAAUCAAAGAUUUAUCAGAUGAAGUUGUUGGCGAUAACAAAUCAAAACAACGAGCUGAAAUUGAAUUAGAAAAAUUACAAAAAACAAUUCGUGAAAAAGAAGCUGAAUUAGAAAAAUUAAAACCACAAUAUGAAACAAUGAAGAAAAAAGAAGAGGAAUGUACAAGAGAAUUAUCUUUAAAAGAACAGAAACGUAAAGAAUUGUAUGCAAAACAAGGACGUGGUAGUCAAUUUGCGUCCAAAGAAGAUCGAGAUCGUUGGAUUCAAAAUGAAUUAAAAUCAUUGAACAAACAAAUUAAAGAUAAACGUGACCAUCGUGACAAGUUAACGGAAGAUCUUCGACAAGAUGCGAUAAAAAAGCAACAACUUGAGGCAAAAAUUCAACAACAAACACUUGAACAAGAUCGUCAACAAACGUGUAUCGGUGAUCAUAACAAGAAAUUUUACGAAUUAAAAAAAUUAAAAGAUCAGUACCAAGCAAACCGUAACGAUUUAUGCCGUCGUGAAAGUACGAUGCAUCAAAAUUUAGCAUCGUUAAAGGAAGAUCUUGCAAAAGCUGAUCAAGGAUUACGUUCAAUGGCUGGGAAACCUACUUUAAACGGUCGUGAUAGUGUUCGUAAAGUAUUAGAUACAUUUCGGUCACGUGGAGGUCGAGAAGGUGAAAUUGCUAAGGAAUAUUAUGGAUUAGUUAUUGAAAAUUUCAAUUGUGAGAAAUCAAUUUAUACAGCUGUGGAAGUAACUGCUGGUGGUCGAUUAUUCCAUCACAUUGUUCAAUCUGAUAAAGUUGGUACACAAAUUUUAAAAGAAAUGAAUCGUCAAAGCUUACCUGGAGAAGUUACAUUCAUGCCGUUGAAUCGUUUAUUCAGUAAAACACCAAAUUAUCCAUCUGAUAAAAAUGCGAUACCCAUGGUUUCAAAAUUGAAUUAUGAUCAAAAAUUCGAUACUGCUAUCCGUUAUAUAUUCGGUAAAACAUUAAUUUGUCGUAAUUUAGAAAUUGCGACAAGUUUAGCUCGAACAACUGAAUUAGAUUGUGUAACAUUAGAAGGGGAUCAAGUAUCAGCAAAAGGUUCAUUAACUGGUGGUUAUUUCAAUUCAACGCGAUCAAAAUUAGAAAUGCAAAAAAAUCGUAGCGAAUUAAUGCGGCAAAUUAAUGAAAGUGAACAAGAAUUAGCUGGUUUACGUGAAGAAUUACGUAAAAUUGAAUCACAAAUUAAUUCUGUCGUAUCUGAUAUGCAAAAAGCGGAAACAAAGAACAGUAAAGCUAAAGGUAUUUUUGAUAAAGUACGUGCUGAGAUUCGACUGAUGAAAGAAGAAAUAAAUAAUAUCGAUCGUUAUCGUGGUACUAAAGAACGUAGCCUUGAACAAUUCAAAUCAAACUUGGAAGCCAUGCUUACUACUAAAGAAGGUUUAGAGAAUGAAUUACACCAAGAACUGAUGGCACAAUUAUCAGUCGCUGAUCAAGCGGAAGUUGAUAGUUUAAACGAUGAUAUUCAACGAUUAACACGUGAAAACAAAGAUGCAUUUAGUAUUCGUAUGCGAUUAGAGGGUGAUAAAAACAAAUUAGAGCAAAUUCUUACAAAUAAUUUAAUGCGACGUCGUGAUGAAUUACUUCACGCCUUAGAAGAAAUAUCACUUGAAGAACGUAAACAACAAUUAGAUAAAAGUAAAACGGAAUUAAAGGAAACUGAGGCAAAUAUUAAGAAAGUUAAAGCAGAAAUUAGUGAGUUUGAGGAGAAAAUUAGUAAAGUUAGUAAGAAAUUAAAAUCAGAACAAAUUGAAUUGGAUAAAUGGAAGGCUGUUGAAAAAAGUACACAAGAAAAAAUUGAAGAAGAUUCAAAAAGCUUAGAAAAGAUUGCUUCCAAACAAAAUUUAUUAGAGCAAAAAAUUGCUGAAUGUACGGAAAAAAUUAAUGCGUUAGGUGCUUUACCAGCACCAGAAAUGUAUGAGAAAUAUCAUCAUAUGCACUCAAAUAAAUUGUUCAAAGAAUUGGAAAAAGCAAAUAGUCAUCUAAAGAAAUUUAGUCAUGUGAAUAAAAAAGCUUUGGAUCAAUUUAUGAGCUUUUCAGAUCAAAAAGAAAAGCUUUACAAACGAAAGGAGGAAUUAGAUAGAGGUGAACAGAAAAUUCGAGAACUGUUAACAAUGUUAGAAAAUCGUAAAGUUGAAUGUAUCCAAUUCACAUUUAAACAAGUUUCAAAGAACUUCAGUGAAGUAUUCAAAAAAUUAGUACCAUCAGGACGAGCACAUUUAGUAAUGCGAAAAAAAAAUGACGAGGGGCAUGAAAUAUCACCAGAGGAUAUGAAUUCAGAUAAUUUUACUGGUGUUGGUAUUCGAGUAUCAUUUAUUGAGGGUGAUGCAGAAAUGAGAGAAAUGAAUCAGUUAUCUGGUGGACAAAAGUCAUUAGUUGCACUUGGUCUAAUAUUCGCCAUACAAAAAUGUGACCCAGCUCCCUUCUAUUUAUUCGAUGAAAUUGAUCAAGCCUUGGAUGCCCAACAUCGAAAAGCUGUUGCCGAUAUGAUACAUGAAUUAUCAAGUGAAGCACAAUUUAUUACAACCACCUUCAGACCUGAGUUAUUAGAACAUGCACAUAAAUUUUAUGGUGUUAAAUUUCGUAACAAAGUUAGUCACGUGGAAUGUGUUAGUCGUGAGGUGGCUAGAGAUUUCGUCGAAGACGAUCAAACACAUGGAUAAAUUUUUUAUAAUUUUAAAUGUUUUAAUCGUUUUAAUCUAAAAGGAUUUAGUAAUGGCUACGUGAUUUUAAUUUUAGAGUUCAUUAUUAAAGCCGUACUAUCAAGUAAAUUGUUUCGUAAACUUAAAAGGGAUAGUCUGGUCUAGAAGCCUCAAUUGAAGGCAGUUUUCAAACGAAGAUUAUAAGAAAAUGAAAAAUAUUUAUGUAGCCAUUUUUCAUAUGACAUUUUUGACAUUUUAAAAAUACAAAAUGAAAAUUUGUUAAUAACACGACACGCUGAUUGACAUGAUUCUAGCCCUUGUAGUGGUCUGAAUAAAAAAAAAACCUUUAAAAAUAUGCAAAAAAAAGAACGAUUUCUUCAAAUUUCUAGACCAGAAUUGUCUGGUUAUUAGGGUUGCCCUUUAAGUUUAUAUUUUACUAAUGAAAAUGAUAAACGUUUAUUUACUGUUGACACGUAAAAAACUGUACAGGUUGUGACUCGAUGGCCAUAGUUUAAGAGCGUAUUUUUUUACAAUUUUAAGUCGAAAGUACUUUAUAUACAUUUGUCCAAAAUCCAAUCGAUAAGGAACUAUGUGCACUAUUAAAUUUAACCAAUAAAGUAAAGAUAUUAUUGAGUAAAGUAGUUUAAUGUUUUAUUAAUUAAAAAUUAUAAUGUAAUGAAAAUAUUGGUUCAAAAUAUCCCACCGCUGGCCUCCGAGAUCUCCAAACCUAUCUUCUUUUAACAAUUAUCUUUGGAGACAUAUGAAAAAUCUAAUGCAUUCAAAUAAACCACAAACCAGAGAUGAACUGAUUCAAAAUAUUAUGGCUGCUCGAUACCAGACCACCCAGAUAUUCUCAGGAGAGCGAGCUACGUCUUUAAUUAUUAGAAGAUUAUUAUUGGUUCAAUUUCAUAGUGCACAUAACUCCUUAAUUAUCGAGUUUUGAUCAAAAUUAUAUUAGUACUUUCGACUAAAAAUUUUCAAAAGAAUACGCUUUUAAAUUUUGGCCAUCAAUCACGGGACACACUGUAUAGUUAAAAAUUAAGACACCACUAUUAUGCUACAAGAAAUGAACUCUGUAAAGUACAAAAUUUAAAGGUUUUUUUCCAAUCCAAUUUUCGUUUUGUUAUUUUGGUUUAUAAUGAUCUAAACUUGACCGUUAUUAUAUUUGUUUACUACC